GACGAGGCUUUGUUCUAAGUCUUUAAAAAUGUUUGUUAAAAAGUGGUCAAAAUAAAUGACAUUACUAUUGAAAUCAUGUAUUUUAUUGGAUAAGUAUAGUCAUUUGGAGCAGCAAUUUGUUCUUGGGGAUAAAAUUAAAACAUGUAAAAAAAGCAUAACUGUCAACAUCAAACUUUCAUGACCAUAAAUAAUUGUUAUAAGUAAAUAUCCAAAUAUAAUAAUUUUUUAAAAAGCCUUUAAAGUGA